UGCUUUAUUUUCAAGUGACGAAGAUGGCAUGCUUUAUUUUCAAGUGACGAAGAUGGCAUGCUUUAUUUUCAAGUGACGAAGAUGGCAUGCUGUAUUUUCAAGUGACGAAGAUGGCAUGCUGCAUUUUCAAGUGACGAAGAUGCUAUGCUGUAUUUUCAAGUGACGAAGAUGGCAUGCUGUAUUUUCAAGUGACGAAGAUGGCAUGCUGCAUUUUCGAAAGCUUUUGAGAAAAAAGUAAAAAAAUAAGUGGAGACAAUGAAAGGAAAAAUUGCCGUUUACCUUCUCUCCUUUCUCUCAGGUAUUGGUGGAUUUCUGUUCGGCUAUGAUACCGGAGUAAUCUCUGGAGCUAUGAGAGUAAUCGUAGAGGAGAAGGAUGGAAUAUUGGCAGGUUUAUCAGAUACAGAUAGAGAUCUUUGGCAUGAGUUGAUAGUUGCGAGCACAGUAGGGUCAGCUGCUCUGUUUGCCCUGCUGGCAGGUAUUCUCACACAAACACUCGGCAGGAAGCUUACUAUUCUCGCCGCUAGUGUUGUAUUUGUCGCUGGAAGCGUUAUUAUGGGAAUAGCUUCAUCUAAAGAACUACUGCUAGUUGGAAGGAUUGUAGUUGGAUCUGGUAUAGGAUUGGCCUCCAUGUCUGUUCCUGUUUAUAUAUCUGAAGCUGCUCCUCCUGAUUUAAGAGGAGUUUUAACAGUCUCCUACAAUACAUUGGUUGUUUUUGGACAGUUCGUUGCAACCUUGGUUUGCGGAGCUUUCGUGAACGUAGAUCAAGGUUGGAGAUAUAUGCUAGGUUUAGCAGCUGUACCCGCAGGUCUACAGUUUAUAGGUUUUAUUUUCAUGCCAGAGUCUCCCCGUUGGUUGUUAAGCAAAGGAAAGGUUGAGCAGGCAAGGACGGUUCUCCGAGGAAUCAGAACCGAAGAUGUUGAAACUGAGAUGAAAGAUAUCCAGGAUACAGUAAACUCUAACUCAGGCACAUCUGGAACUUUUAACAUGAUAAAACGAUGUAUGACCCAUCAGCCUACCAGGAGGGCUCUCAUUAUUGGCUGCAGUUUACAGGUGUUCCAGCAGUUGUCUGGGAUUAACACCCUGAUGUACUACUCCGCAACUGUAGUUCAGAUGGCAGGGAUUGGAUCAGCUGAGUCGUCCAUAUGGAUCUCUGCAGGAAUAUCCUUCCUUUACUUCCUUGCAUGCUUCAUUGGUAUCUUUCUCGUGGAAAAGCUAGGUCGGAGAAACCUUCUUCUCUUUUCUCUAGGAGGAGUAAUCAUCUCUCUUAUUCUGAUUGGUGUUGGGUUUCAGCUGGCAGAUUUGAAUUCUCCUGUAUCCAAUCCCAACCCUGAUAUUGGCUGUGGGGUAUAUACGUCCUGCUCUAAGUGUUUAGAGAAUAAAUGUGGAUUCUGCCAGUCAGAUAUGUCUAUCUGUAUCUAUAACGUAAGCAGCUGUGCUGGUGACUGGUUUCCAGAUUAUUGUCCUUCUAAACCAGUUUAUUCCUGGACAAUCAUUGUAGGAUUGACAAGUUAUCUGGUUGCAUUUGCUGCCGGUAUGGCUCCAAUACCUUGGACAGUCAAUUCAGAAAUUUACCCGCUCUGGGCCAGAUCUUUUGCUAACUCAGUAUCUACAGGAACAAACUGGAUUUUUAACCUCAUCAUCUCAAUUUCUUUUCUAAGUUUAACACGACUGUUAACUCGCUACGGUGCAUUCUACCUGUACUGUGGGCUGGCGAGCUUGGCCUGGCUCCUGUUCUACCUCGUGCUUCCAGAAACUUCGGGAAAAUCUCUUGAAGAAAUGGAAUCAUUGUUCUCCGGGAAUUUAAUUGUGCGAAGAAAGAAAAAAUAAAUUAUUAAAUGAACUUCUGAUGACUCAGAAUUGACAAGAUUCUUUUCAAAUAUUGUUGAAAUUUAAUUGAAAUCG